CACUCCCCUUCUGCAUUUCUUUAUGCAAUUUUUCGAUUUAAUCCCAUUCAUUCUACAUUCAUCUACUCAAUUUGGAUCUCAGGGGUAUCUCUUGUGCCGCUGGAAGAAAAAAAAUCCUCAUUCUAGAAGUUGCAAAGGUGUUUGAUCACUGAUCAGUGUAAAUGAUGAUUUUCUUCAGCUGAUUUUGUUUUUGUUCUAUCCAUCUGCAUCGUGUUGUAACUUUUUGAGUUCUUCAUGUUAAGAAUCUGUCACGGUUCAUACCAGAAAACAAUUUCCAUACCAUGGGGAUUCUUCUGUUGGAUGGAUGUAAUGUGAAGAAGAUUAGGGGGAAUGAAAAUGACAUGUUUUGAUGAUUCUUACGUUACGUUAUUGAAUUACUUUGAUUCGGUUUUGAUCUAAUUUCUUGAUAUUUUAGGGCUAUAGAGGUGUUCGUAAACUGCUGUACUAGGUGUAGGGAUGGGGAUUCGGAUAGGAGGGUUGGGUAGUCUUGGUUUACGAGCUACCUCGUGUCGAUGUUCGUGUGAUCUCUGUUUCUCAAUCGACUAGUUCGAAUCUCUCAAGAUUGACGUCAGUUUCGUCUUGAUUUGAGUAUGCAGUUGUUUGGAGACUGAUUCUAUAUCUCAUUUCCGUUUUAUUGAGUCCUUUCCUAUAUCCAUAUUGAGAAUUUAUGUAUGUGUGAUACUGCAAAAUGGAGAUCGGAGAACAUUAGAUAUAAAAGAUCAAAAAGAAAUUGACUUAUGCUCCUUUAGUUUCUUUAAACCAUAUCGGUUCACCUGAUGGCAGUUAAUCUUCUUCUUGCUCAUUUUCUUUUUACAGGAUUGUUGACGUCUUAUAGAUAGCACGGAUUGGUGAUGAUCAGCUCAUGGUUCUCAAUCAUAGCGUUCUUUCCAUAACCUUUAUAUAUAUAUACCUAAAUUGGAUUUUGCUGGUUCUUGACACCUGAAAAACAUCAAUUCUAAUCAAGAAUGGAGAGCUUAGCACAGCUGGAAGCUUUGUGUGAGAGACUCUACAAUUCACAAGACUCAGUUGAAAGAGCCCAUGCUGAGAACACCCUUAAAGUCUUUUCUGCAAAUACCGAUUACAUUUCACAGUGUCAAUACAUAUUGGACAAUGCUUCAACUCCUUAUGCAUUGAUGCUAGCUAGUUCAAGUCUUUUGAAGCAAGUGACUGAGCAUACACUAUCACUGCAGCUGCGACUUGAUAUAAGAAACUACAUCAUUACCUAUUUGGCAAAAAGGGGACAUGAACUUCAGCCAUAUGUGAUCGGAUCUUUAAUCCAGCUCUUGUGUCGGGUGACAAAGUUUGGUUGGUUUGAUGAUGAUAGGUUCAGAGAUGUAGUCAAAGACUCCACAAAUUUUUUGAUCCAGGCAUCACCCGAGCAUUGUUCUAUUGGUUUAAAGAUACUAAAUCAGCUUGUUAGUGAGAUGAAUCAGCCAAAUCCGGGGUUGCCUUCUACACAUCAUAGGAGAGUUGCAUGCUCCUUUAGGGAUCAAUGUCUUUUUCAAGUUUUCCAAAUAUCUCUUACUUCACUGCAACAGCUGAAAACUGAUGUUGGAAGCCGGUUGCCUGAGUUGGCACUUACUCUGGCAUUAAAAUGUUUAUCAUUUGAUUUUGUUGGAACAUCAAUUGAUGAAAGCUCAGAUGAAUUUGGCACUGUUCAGAUUCCAUCUGGAUGGAAGCCUGUUUUAGAAGAUCCUUCAACACUACAAAUAUUUUUUGAUUACUAUGCAAUCACAAAGCCUCCAUUGUCAAAAGAGGCUCUAGAAUGCUUAGUGAGAUUGGCUUCAGUAAGGCGAUCUUUAUUCUCAAAUGAUGCUGCACGUUCUAAGUUCUUGGCCCAUUUAAUGACUGGAUCCAAAGAGAUACUACAAGCUGGACAAGGUCUUGCUGAUCAUGAUAAUUACCAUGAGUAUUGUCGUCUUCUUGGACGUUUUAGAGUAAACUAUCAGCUAUCAGAACUUGUAAAUGUGGAAGGCUACAGUGAUUGGAUUCGUUUGGUUGCAGAGUUUACUUUGAAAUCAUUGCAGUCAUGGCAGUGGGCUAGUAGCAGUGUAUACUAUCUUUUAGGGCUGUGGUCAAGAUUGGUGACAUCUGUGCCCUACUUGAAAGCUGAUGCACCUAGUCUUCUUGAUGAGUUUGUGCCCAAAAUUAGUGAAGGUUUUAUCACAUCAAGAUUUGAUUCUGUACAGGCUACUCCCCAAGAUGAUCUCUCUGAAAACCCUCUUGACAAUGUGGAGCUUCUUCAAGACCAACUUGAGUGCUUUCCAUAUCUUUGCAGAUUUCAGUAUGAAAGAAGUAGUUUGUUUAUCAUAAACAUUUUGGAGCCAAUCCUACAACUGUAUACAGAAAGGGCACAACAUCAGAUUAGUGAUAAAAAUGAACUAUCUGUCAUUGAAGCCAAAUUAGCUUGGAUUGUUCAUAUUGUGGCAGCUAUAUUAAAGAUUAAACAGUGUAGUGGUUGCAGCACGGAUUCCCAAGAAGCUAUUGAUGCAGAAUUAUCAGCUCGUGUUUUGCGUAUUAUAAAUGCUACUGAUAGUGGAUUACAUAGUCAGAGAUAUGGUGAACUUAGCAAACAGAGACUUGACCAAGCAAUUUUGACUUUCUUCCAACACUUCAGAAAAUCUUAUGUAGGUGAUCAAGCUAUGCAUUCUUCUAAGCUUUAUGGUCGACUAUCUGAGCUGCUUGGACUUAAUGAUCAUCUUCAGGCGUUAAAUUUGAUAGUUGGAAAAAUAGCAACAAACCUCAAGUGUUACACAGAGAGUGAGGAAGUUAUUGGUCACACCUUAAGUCUGUUUUUGGAACUUGCAUCUGGAUAUUCAUCAGGAAAGCUACUUAUGAAGUUGGACACUGUCAAAUUCAUUGUUGCAAAUCAUACAAGGGAGCACUUUCCUUUCUUGCAUGAAUAUAGAUGCUCUCGUAGCAGAACAACAUUUUAUUACACUAUUGGUUGGUUAAUUUUCAUGGAAGACAGCCCUGUUAAAUUCAAGUCUUCAAUGGAUCCACUAUUACAGGUUUUUAUCAAUUUGGAGUCAAUCCCUGAUACUAUGUUUCGCACUGACACUGUAAAAUAUGCAUUAAUUGGAUUAAUGAGGGAUUUAAGAGGAAUUGCAAUGGCUACUAAUAGCCGAAGAACAUACGGACUUUUAUUUGAUUGGUUAUAUCCUGCUCACAUGCCAAUCCUUUUAAAAGGCAUCUCACAUUGGGCUGACACUCCGGAGGUUACUACACCACUGUUGAAAUUUAUGGCUGAAUUUGUUUUAAACAAGGCUCAACGUUUAACUUUUGAUUCCUCUUCUCCUAAUGGGAUCCUUCUUUUUCGAGAAGUUAGUAAGCUUCUUGUAGCUUAUGGAUCAAGAAUCUUAACUUUCCCUAAUGCUGCUGAUAUAUAUGCCUUCAAAUACAAAGGCAUAUGGAUUGCAUUGACUGUUCUUUCAAGGGCCUUGUCUGGAAACUAUGUAAAUUUUGGUGUGUUUGAACUAUACGGAGAUAGAGCUCUUGCUGAUGCACUUGAUAUUGCUCUAAAAAUGACACUAUCAGUUCCUUUGGCAGAUAUUUUGGCUUACAGGAAGCUUACAAAGGCAUAUUAUGCAUUUUUGGAGGUUCUAUUCAACAGCCAUAUUGUUUACAUGUUGAACCUUGAUACAAACACUUUCAUGCAUAUAGUUGGCUCACUAGAAUCCGGAUUAAAAGGACUUGAUACUAGCAUCUCCACUCAGGCUGCAUCAGCGGUUGAUAAUUUGGCUGCUUACUAUUUCAACAACAUCACCAUUGCGGAGGCACCAACUUCACCUGCUGCAGUCAACCUCGCUCGCCAUAUUGCAGAGGGCCCCACAUUGUUCCCAGAAAUACUGAAGACGCUGUUUGAGAUUGUUUUGUUUGAAGACUGUGGGAAUCAGUGGAGCCUUAGUAGACCAAUGCUCAGUCUGAUACUAAUCAAUGAACAGAUAUUUUCGGAUCUGAAAGCUCAUAUUUUAGGCUCACAGCCAGUGGAUCAGCAUCAGAGGCUGUCGUUAUGCUUCGACAAACUAAUGGCGGACAUUUCAAGAAGCUUGGAUUCCAAGAACCGAGACAAGUUUACUCAAAAUUUGACAAUAUUUAGACACGACUUCCGUGUCAAAUAAAACCAAACAUGUCUUUGUCUCAUCUCCUCCUAGGUUUGUUUUGUUUUGGUUUCAUGUGUCAAUCAAUCAAUCACGUGUAUAGAAGAAGAAGAAAAAAAGAAACAUCGUCAUUAAAAAAAUGUCAGAAAUGAUGUUUGCAUUGCAAGGAAGGUCAUGUAGUAAGUAAGUAGUGUUGUUUAUUGUUUGGACCCAGCUAUGGUACGUACAUAAAGCUCUCAUAUUACAUUAUGGGAAAAUGGGAUAAAAAACUAGUUUGAGAUUGUAUCAUA